CAGGGCUGUUUCCCUCAACAGCAAAUAUAAAAUAAAUGACUCUUCAACACACAAAGCACAUAAUCCAGAAGCGUUUUUUCAGUAAGCUGUCAAGGACGCUUUUUUUUUUUUAAAUCAUGGGGAUAAUAGAUUUUCUCCUUCAGUCUUUCAGCUCUAUCUCCUUGUUUGGGGCUUUGGUUGUCCUGCUGCUCGUCUUUAUUGUCUCAUCCUCCAGUUUUAGCUCCCAGGAUGAAGGAAAGGAACCUCCAGGUCCAAAACCACUUCCCAUCAUCGGAAACCUGCUGCAGAUUGACCUUAAAAGACCCUACCACACAUUUCUGGAGUUUUCCAAAACAUAUGGAUCAGUGUUCACAGUGUAUUUGGGAUCCAAAAAAGUGGUGGUCCUGGCUGGAUAUAAAACAGUGAAGGAGGCCCUUGUGAACUACGCUGAAGAGUUUGGAGACAGAGAUACAAUGCAAAUAACAAAGGAAAUUAGUAACGGCCAUGGCGUUGUAUUUUCCAACGGUGAAUCAUGGAAAGAGAUGAGGCGCUUUGCCUUGACUAACCUCAGAGACUUUGGGAUGGGUAAGAGGGCUUGUGAGGACAAAAUCAUGGAGGAAUGCACCUACCUCAUUGAAGUGUUUAAUAAAUGCAAAGGAAAAGCUUUUGAUACAGCCCAACCAAUGAACUGUGCAGUCUCUAAUAUUAUCUGCUCCAUUGUUUAUGGCAGCAGAUUUGAAUAUGAUGAUCCUGAGUUUACUUCAUUGGUAGAAAGAACAAACAGGAAUAUUCAACUCCUGGGCUCCCCGUCGAUACAGGUAUAUAACAUGUUCCCAUGGAUUGGUAAGUGGGUUGCUAACAGAAAGGAACUCCACACGAUGGUUGCUGCAAACAAGGAACAGAAUCGACGGCUGUUUACACGUUUGAAAGAGACCUUCAAUCCACAGAUGUGCAGAGGCUUUGUGGACUCAUUUCUGCUCCGAAAGCAAAAUCUGGAGGAAUCUGGGAUUACCAAGAGUCACUUCCACGAUAAUAACCUGUUGCAGACAGUUCUUAAUCUCUUUGGUGCCGGGACUGACACAACAGCAACAACCCUGAGAUGGGGACUUCUGUUUAUGGCCAAGUAUCCAAAAAUACAAGACCAGGUCCAGGAAGAGCUGAGCAGGGUGAUAGGAAGUCGAAAAGCCCAGGUUGAGGACAGGACGAGCCUGCCUUUCACUGACGCCGUCAUCCAUGAGACACAGAGACUGGCUAACAUCGUCCCGAUGGCCAUUCCUCACAAAACAAGCAAAGACGUAACUUUCCAGGGUCACUUCAUUAAGAAGGGUACCACAGUGUUUCCUCUCUUGACAUCCGUCCUGUAUGAUGAGAGUGAGUGGGAACACCCCCGCAGUUUUUAUCCUGCACACUUCUUGGACAAAGAUGGGAAGUUCCUCAAGCGAGAUGCCUUCAUGCCUUUUUCUGCAGGUCGCAGGGCUUGUCUUGGAGAGAGUCUGGCCAGGAUGGAGCUCUUCAUCUUCUUCACCAGCCUCUUGCAACACUUUCGUUUUACUCCUGCUCCAGGAGUUUCGGAGGAUGAAUUGGAUUUGACUCCACGUGUAGGCUUCACCCUCAGCCCUUCACCUCAUAAACUGUGUGCUGUUUCCUGCAUGGACGCUUUUUCUUUUGAAAUCAUGGGGCUAUUGGAUCUGUUUCUCCAGUCUUUCAGUUCGAUCUCCCUUUUUGGAGCUCUGGUUGUCCUGCUGCUCGUCUACAUUCUCUACUCCUCCAGCUUCAGCUCCCAGGAUGAAGGGAAGGGACCUCCAGGUCCAAAACCACUUCCCCUACUUGGGAACCUGCUGCAGCUUGACCUCAAGAGACCCUACCACACAUUUAUGGAGCUUUCCAAGAAAUAUGGAUCCGUUUUCACAGUGCAUUUGGGACCCCAAAAAGUGGUGAUCCUGGCUGGAUACAAAACUGUGAAGGAGGCACUUGUCAACUAUGCAGAUGAGUUUGGUGACAGAUAUUCAAUGCAAAUAACAAAAGAAACUAGUGGAGGCCAUGGACUUGUAUGGUCCAACGGUGAAUCAUGGAGAGAGAUGAGGCGCUUUGCCAUGACUAAACUCAGAGACUUUGGAAUGGGCAAGAGGGCUAGUGAGGACAAAAUCAUUGAGGAAUGCACCUACCUCAUUGACGUGUUAAAGAAAUGUAAAGGAGAAGCUUUUGAUACAACUCAACCCAUAUCCCAGGCGGUGGCUAAUAUCAUCUGCUCAAUUGUUUAUGGCAGCAGAUUUGAAUAUGAUGAUGCAGAGUUUACAUCACUGGUACAUCGAGCACACAGAAAUAUUGAACUCCUGGGAUCCCCGUCAAUACAGGUGUUUAACAUGUUCCCAUGGAUCGGUAAAUGGAUUGCUGACAGAAAGGAACUUCACACGAUAAUUGCUGAGAGCAAGAAACGUAAUCAGCAGUUGUUUAGUCGUUUGAAAGAGACCCUCAAUCCACAGAUGUGCAGAGGACUUGUGGAUGCCUUUCUGCUCCGAAAGCAAAAUCUUGAGGAAUCCGGAAUCACCGACAGUCACUUCCAUGAUAAAAACCUGAUACAGACGGUUCUUAAUCUCUUUACUGCUGGCACUGACACAACAGCAACUACACUGAGAUGGGCACUACUAUAUAUGGCCAAGAAUCCAAAAAUACAAGAACAGGUCCAGGAGGAGCUAAGCAAGGUUAAAGGAGGUCGUCAAGUGCAGGUUGAGGACAGGCAACACCUGCACUUCACAAAUGCCGUCAUCCACGAAAUCCAGCGACUGGCUAACAUCGUCCCCAUGGCACUUCCUCACAAAAUGAGCCAAGACAUCACUUUCCAGGGUCACUUCAUUAAGAAGGGGACCACAGUGUAUCCUCUCUUGACAUCCGUCCUGUGUGAUGAGACUGAGUGGGAACACCCCAGCAGCUUUUAUCCUGCUCACUUCCUGGACAAAGAUGGGAAGUUUGUCAAGCGAGAUGCCUUCUUGCCUUUUUCAGCAGGUCGCAGGCAGUGUCCUGGGGAGAGUCUGGCCAGAAUGGAGAUUUUCCUCUUCUUUACCAGCCUUUUGCAGCACUUUCGUUUUACUCCUCCUCCAGGAGUUUCGGAGGAUGAAUUGGAUCUGACUCCAAUAGAAUCUGGGAAUACCAAGAGUCACUUCCACGAUAAUAACCUGUUGCAGACAGUUCUUAAUCUCUUUGCUGCCGGGACUGACACAACAGCAACAACCCUGAGAUGGGGACUUCUGUUUAUGGCCAAGUAUCCAAAAAUACAAGACCAGGUCCAGGAAGAGCUGAGCAGGGUGAUAGGAAGUCGACAAGCCCAGGUUGAGGACAGGAAGAGCCUGCCUUUCACUGACGCCGUCAUCCAUGAGACACAGAGACUGGCUAACAUUGUCCCGAUGGCCAUUCCUCACAAAACAAGCGAAGACGUAACUUUCCAGGGUCACUUCAUUAAGAAGGGGACCACAGUGUUUCCUCUCUUGACAUCCGUCCUGUAUGAUGAGAGUGAGUGGGAACACCCCCGCAGUUUUUAUCCUGCUCACUUCUUGGACAAAGAUGGGAAGUUCCUCAAGCGAGAGGCCUUCAUGCCUUUUUCUGCAGGUCGCAGGGCUUGUCUUGGAGAGAGUCUGGCCAGGAUGGAGCUCUUCAUCUUCUUCACCAGCCUCUUGCAACACUUUCAUUUUACUCCUGCUCCAGGAGUUUCGGAGGAUGAAUUGGAUCUUACUCCACGCACAGGCUCCACUCUCAACCCUUCACUUCAUAAACUGUGUGCUGUUUCCUGUAUGUGACCAGUAGGGCUUGAAAAUGCUGCUUAGUCCCACUGUCAUCACUUCAUAUUCAUUAAAUUCAUGAAUUCUGAUUCUGAUUUCUGAGUCAUUCUAAUGAGUUCAGCAUGAUAUUUCAUGUAGUGCAAUAGGACUAAAUAUAUACAACUUCAUUAAUGUCAUUAUCACCUUCUCACAAAAAACAUGUUGUGAAUGC